CCACCCACUUAUUCUUGAUCAGCGUCAACACCCGUCAACCUUCCCCUCCCCUCCCCUCCCCUCUCCCUCUCCCUCCGUCUCUGUCAUCAUACUGCACGGCUAAUACUAUAUGCCUGCGUUUCGCAUAGCGAUAAAUCUCUACGAAAUUCGAACGCGAUCGGCCUCUCUCUCACCUCGAGCUUGCGCUAGACUUGAGCGACAACCUCGGGGCAGCCGUCCAUCUCCGCGAUCUAUCUGUUUCGGUCAUUCUAUAUCCCCGCCGGGGGCUGGCGGUAGCAGGCACACACACCGAACUCACUACUUCGAUCCUGACCGCCUCCACAACACACGACCAGCUCACCUUCGCACAAUCACACGCGCGCCCUCACCCCUCACCACUUUCCCUUCUCCAACCCCCUCCUUUUCUCUUUCAUCCAGUCCGGUUUGACCUUAUUCUUCGACGACUUUCUCUCAAUUCCUGUGUUUACUGCUAUCUUUUUUGUCCCGCCAUGCCCUGCUUCAAGGGUCUCGCCGUGAGUAUACACACUCCGGAUGGCCCGAUCUCCGAAUACUCGAUCCAACGUCAAUCUCGAGCCUCUCGCAUAGCUUGCUACAUCCCGGUACCCCCUCCAAAGCUACCUGACUCCGGAUCGGGCCGACCAGAACAGUCGACUUUCGCCAUCUCCAUCACACUCCUGAACCCCGGUCAAGAUGUCCCUUAUUCUGCUCCGAAACCGACACCCGAAAACCCCGCACCCAGGCCUAAAGUUGUUGGAGGACUUCCCGGCCCGACCGAAGACCGGGGGCAAUAUUCUAGUAUGGUGAUUCCCUACAAGCCGUUGACCAAUUCGCCAAACGAGACGGUCGCUGCAUACAUCUACUUCGACGGCCGACAGAAGGAGGAGGUGGCUACGCUCCUGCGGAGAGGCGAGGAGACUUGGGUCAACUCUCGAUGGGUUAGUGUCCCGGAAUCCGAGGGCGGCGGUCUGGCCGAACGGGAGUUCCUGUUCCGUGAGGUCGGACUGGAGAGAUGGUUGAAUGGUCUAGACCUGGAAGGCAAAGAUGCGGCAGCCAAGAUUGAGCGACGACGACAGAAGAUGGAAAAGCGUCGCCUGAAACGUGAAGAAAGCGGCGGUAUGGACACGGAUGCAAAGUCACGGAAGGAGAGAGACAUAAUGCGCUACGGAGAUAAUUCGAAAUCCCCUCUGGAAGAUGUCUCUGAUGACGAUAUGUCAUUCUCUGAUUCCGAUGAUGAUCCGAUCCCUGAGUCUGCAGGGCAGAUCAAGGUGGCACUGUUUCGUGUUCUGGCUUCUGGUGAGGUCAAACGGGGAGAGUACUCGCCUCAAUUCGAUGCGCACGAUGACGACGACGAUGUCUCAGGCGGCAAUGACAACAAUAACGGCGCAUCGGACGCCAACGUUGACCACACCACGAGCUUUGCUAAGCCGAAAACACUCGACCCCAAGACAAUUAGUACGCAAACUGUGACGAGCAUUGAUGCGUCUGAUAAACCCUACGCCACCUUCACGUUCAUGUACCGCGGAGAGCGGCAACUUCAGAAGAUGGGGAUCCUCAAGGAUGCCAAGGCGCAGGAAACUCCUGGGUCUGUAAAACGUCGGUCGAUACAACCAGAUUUUUCCAAUCUUGGCCCGCUCAAGCCUGGCGGCACCGUUGGCUUCCUGAAAUUCCGAGAGAGCACAGAAAACCAUAAGAGAGGAAAGAAGGGUAGCAAGACUGUUGGCGAUGAUGACAUGGAUAGUGAUGACGAUGACGAGAAUUCCAUCCUUGGUAAAGCAGACGCCGAAGAGGGCAAGGACGAUGAUGUCCAUCUGUCUCCGGAAGAUCUCAGGCAGCAGGGCGAAUUGGCGGAGAGCAUUCGUAAAAUUAAGCUCAAACGGCAGCACUCGUCGGCGUCGCUUGCCACUAACACUCCUCCGACGGACACUGGAAGUCCUCGAGCGCCCGGAGAGUCAGCUCCGUCUUCUAAUCUUUCCACAACACCUCCGAUUGUACCUCCGUCAACUGCCGCUGCUGAAGCUCCCAAGCCAGCGGCUAACGCGGUUGAUGGUCAAUUCAUCGGCAGCCCUCUAAAGAAACAGCGAGCUAGCGUAUCACAAGCGGAUGAAGAUGUGAUGCGUCGACGAAUGGAGUCAGGUUUGUCGCACGAGAUCAGUAACGAUAAUCCUCCAAACCCCACUGGGACUACGGCGGCUAGUACGGGUGUAAACCAUCCACCGCAUGAUUCCAUGGCUACUGAGGAAGAAGAGCUAUAAGCUCGCGACCUUCCAGAGUCCAUUCUCAUAUUUACGUGCUUAGAUGGUCGACAUCACACCGAUCAGACGGAGGAAGAUGUUUGAAAUCUUUAUUUUCCUAUACCUAUUUGAGGGAUGGCUUAUCAUCCUUAUCAUUCUUUUGGGUAGCCCUGGCUUAUUCCGCAUCGAAGGGGUUGGACAGGAAUACAGUUGGUCGUGAUAGAACAUGACCGUUGACGGCUGCUUUCGCUUUUUCGAGAUGUGUGGUACACUAUUUGCUAGUUGAGGUAUCUUCAAGGCGAAUGGGCUGGGGAUGGGCGGAACUAUUGCUAGAAUGGAGCAUGAGGUACGUGCUGAGUGGAGGUAAUUGUUAUAGACGGAAUGAGUUACGCAAGUUGCACGCCGAAAACCUCCUUUUUGCUGGAGGCGGAGAUUUGGAAUGACUGGGUUCCCUGUCAAUAAGCAGGGCUCGUAGGGUUCGGACUAUGGCAAAAUCUGAGAAAACU